CCCCCAUCGCACAACAUCAAACACGAUGACGAAAACGCUAUUUACGACGAUAACGCCGCUCCCGGCAGGAGUGUCGCGCGAGACCGUCCUCGAAACCCUGCACGACCAUCUCGAGAUGAUAGACUUGAACCCCGCGCACACCGAAAGACAUCGAAUCAAUCCUCCUCCUGAAGCGACACCCGAGGAGUAUCACUGUACGUGGUACCAGAUCACGGAUACGAUUAGCUACCUGCCGGGAUACAAGGGAAAGGUGUCAUUCAAGGCGUGUUUUCAUGAUUUGGCGAAUGGAUUGCAGAAUCAUGUGUAUGCGCCAAUGGGACUGGAUAUCAAGGAGAAAUGGACUUUGGGAGGAAAUAUGCCUGGAGAGCCUGUUAUGCCGGCAGAGAUUGGGAUUGGGGCACCGAUUAGUGGGUUGUAUUUGAGGGAGGAUGUUGAAAUGAAAUGCAAUUUUUUGAUGACUCGGUUUGUUCGGAAGACAUUGAAGGAUGCUUUGGCUACACUCGUGGCGAGAUUGGUUGUCAAGGCGCAAUUGCAGGAAGCUGCGGAGGCGAACAAGAGGUUGGAAUGGGGUAGUCCGCCUAACAGUCCGCCUUUGAGUCCGCCGAGUGCUGGAGAUGGGAAGUUUCCAAGGUAUAAAUCAAAUCGUAUGAGUACACAGACGGCAAUCAGCGAGAUGGAGGGAAGUCAAAAGAGUCAAGGAUUUGCGAGGAAUGAGAGUGGAAGGCAUCCUGUUGAAUUGAGGAGUGAUACACAUGGGCCUGUUGAAUUGCCUUGAAGAGGGAGGGGAACGGCGUUUCUUGAUACCCUGGGGAUUUGGAUGGGAGUUUUGGCUUUACUGAAUUAUAACCCGUAUCUAUUUAGAGAAGGUCAUUGAAGAAAUUAAAUGCCUUUUGGCC